AUGUCGUCCCCCGAUCCUCGCGCUGGCAUGAAACGGCCUAGAACGCAGUCUCUGCCACCACCGUCUCUACCUCAACUGGUCGCUGAGCAGAAGACUCCCAUCCCGCUCACUGACAAAGAUUCCCAGCGACUGAUUGUCGUACUCUCGAAUGCCAGCUUGGAGACAUACAAGGCAGUUCAGGGAGGCGUCAACCGUGCCGGCCUCCACCGAGAGGAGAAAUAUUCGCUUCUCAACAGCGAUGAGCAUAUAGGUGUUAUGCGGAAGAUGAACCGCGACAUAAGCGAUGCACGACCAGACAUCGCGCAUCAGUGCCUACUGACUCUCUUGGACUCACCAAUCAACAAAGCCGGCCGACUUCAAAUUUACAUCCAUACAGCUAAAGGUGUGCUCAUUGAGGUAUCCCCUUCUGUCCGUAUCCCCCGGACUUUCAAGCGAUUUGCAGGCCUCAUGGUACAGCUCUUGCACCGGCUUUCAAUUCGCUCCACGACUUCCAACGAGAAGCUUUUACGUGUGAUUCAGAAUCCGAUUACGGAUCACUUGCCAUCAAAUUGUCGAAAAGUAACUCUUAGUUUUGAUGCUCCAGUAGUUCGCGUACGUGAGUACAUGGAGUCUCUAAAUCCCAAGGAGAGCAUUUGCGUUUUCGUUGGAGCUAUGGCGAAGGGUGCCGAUACUUUUGCCGACUCAAUAGUCGACGAGAAGAUUUCUAUCAGCAAUUUCUCGCUUUCAGCAAGUGUAGCGUGCAGCAAGUUCUGCCAUGCGGCUGAGGAUGCAUGGGAUAUCCUAUAA